AUGCCUGAUCAGGACAAAAAGUUGAAGAGCACAGAAAAAGCAACAGACAAAAAACCUCAUGGGAUCUUUAUGAGGGAUUAUUCUGCUCUUAAAAGACUUCAGUCUCUCUUAAGUGUUCAGUCAAGCAACCAACAGCUUCCAGCUAUACAUUUUGAAAAUGGUCAAACCAGUGUGACAAGAGCUCAGCAAAAUGUCAAAAGCAAUGAACAAAAACCCCAUGGUCAAUGGCAAGAAUCAACAGAAGCUGUUGAACUUGAAAACUUCAGUGUGACCUACAAGAAUGAGAGAAAUUUUAGCAAACAUCCCAAACAUAAGCUGUUUCAAGAGAUCUUUACAGCUUUAGUUAAGAACAGACUUACCUGCAGGGAGUGGGUUAAUCAAGCUCCGUCCAUCCAUUUUCUUAGAGUAUUAAUCUGCCUGAGAUUACUGAUAAGGGAUCCAUGCUACCAGGAAAUGCUCCACAGCUCGGGUGGGAUUGAGAAUCUAGCUCAGUGUAUGGAAACAGUAGCAAAUAGCUAUCUUGAUUACGGAGAAGAGCAGCACAAUGUAGACAAGUUGGUCAACAUGACAUACAUUUUCCAAAAGCUUGCUGCUGUUAAAGAUCAAAGAGAAUGGGUUAUAGCAAGUGGAGCACAUAAAACUUUAGUAAAUUUGUUAUCUGCCAGAGACAGCAAUGUGCUUUUGGGUGCCCUCCUUGCUCUGAUUAGCUUAGCUGAAAGUCCAGAAUGUAGGGAGAAGAUAAGUGAGCUCACCAUUGUUGAGAAUUUGCUGGUGAUAUUACAUGAAUACGAUUUGCUUUCUAAAAGGCUUACAGCAGAGUUGCUACGUCUUCUCUGUGCAGAGCCACAAAUCAAAAAGCAAGUAAAAAUAUAUGAAGGAGUUCCAGUCUUGCUCAGUUUACUCCAUUCUGAUCAUAUCAAACUUCUAUGGAGUGUAGUUUGGAUUCUAGUACAGGUUUGUGAAGACCCUGAGACUAGUGUGGAAAUCCGAAUUUGGGGUGGAAUCAAGCAGCUCCUUCAUAUAUUACAGGGAAAUCUUGUUUCUGAUCGCUCUUCAGUUGCAAGUUUAUCUAGUGCAAAUGCAGCAGGGAGAAUCCAACAUCUUCACUUGUCAGAUGAUUUGAGUCCUGAUGAGAUGCAAGAAAAUACUUUCUCACUUCAAGCAGCUUGUUGUGCUGCAAUUACUGAACUGGUGCUCAAUGAAACUAAUGCUUACCAGGUAGUACAGGCAAAUGGAAUAUAUACAAUAGCAAAGCUGAUUUUACCAAACAAAGAAAGGAAUGCUGAAAAAGCUGAUUUAUUACAGUGUUAUGCCUUCAGAGCCCUGAGAUUUCUCUUCAGUAUGGAAAGGAAUCGACAUAUCUUUAAAAGACUUUUCCCUCCUGACUUGUUUGAAAUCUUCAUUGAUAUCGGACAUUAUGUGCGUGAUAUCAGUGCUUAUGAAGAGUUGGUAUCAAAGCUGAAUUUAUUAAAGGAGGAUGAAUUGAAGCAAAUUGCUGAAAGUAUUGAGAACAUGAAUCAGAAUAAAGCACCUACAAAACAUAUAGGCAAUUACGCAAUUUUAGAGCACCUUGGCAGUGGAGCUUUUGGAAGCGUAUAUAAGGUUAGAAAACAUAAUGGACAAAAUCUCCUGGCAAUGAAAGAAGUCAAUUUACACAAUCCAGCAUUUGGAAAGGACAAAAAAGACAGAGCGAGCAGUGUAAAGAGCAUUGUCUCAGAAUUAACCAUCAUCAAAGAGCAGCUUUAUCAUCCAAAUGUUGUGCGGUAUUAUAGAACCUUCUUGGAAAAUGACAGAUUGUACAUAGUCAUGGAGCUCAUAGAGGGAGUGCCAUUGGGAGAACACUUUCACUCUUUGAAGGAAAAGCAACAACGGUUUACAGAAGAAAGAAUAUGGCAAAUAUUUAUCCAACUUUGUCUAGCUCUUCGUUAUUUGCAUAAAGAGAAGAGGAUUGUUCAUCGAGAUCUCACUCCGAACAAUGUCAUGCUGGGCGAUAAAGACAAAGUUACAAUUACUGACUUUGGGCUUGCAAAGCAAAAGCAAGAAAACUGCAAACUUGCAUCAGUAGUGGGAACCAUUCUGUACUCAUGCCCUGAAGUUGUAAAAAGCGAGCCUUAUGGAGAGAAGGCUGAUGUCUGGGCUGCAGGAUGCAUCCUUUAUCAGAUGGCAACUCUGAACCCACCCUUUUACAGCACCAAUAUGCUCUCCUUGGCAACUAAGAUAGUAGGGGCUGUGUAUGAACCUGUGCCAGAAGGACUGUACUCUGAAAAAGUGUCUUUUACCAUUAAGAGGUGCUUGACUCCUGACGCAGAGGCACGUCCAGACAUAGUGGAGGUCAGCUCACUGCUGUCUGAUGUGAUGAUGAAAUACCUGGAUGUUCUAUCCACCUCUCAUCUCAUGUUGGAGAAGAAACUGGAUCGGGAGAGAAGACGAACCCAGAGGUACUUCAUGGAGGCUAAUCGAAAUGCAGUAACCUAUCACCAUCAGCUUUCCAUUUUAUCACAAAAAAAUUAUGAGAAGUUGAGUCUUCAUAGCAGCAGCAGUGGAGCAGCCAGUUGCAAAAGUGAAUUUUCAGAAAAUACUGACCUCACAGCUGAGAGCUGUCAAUCUGCAUGUGGAAAAGAUGAGGAAAGAACGUAUGAAGAAAUCCUGGUAGAGGAUCACAGCACUUCAGAGAACUCUGAGAAAGAUAUGUUCUCUGAAUUGGAUGAUGAGCUGGACGUGUUGGACAACUUGAGCAGCUCCAGUUCAAGUCAUUUGAAAGAGUCUUCUAUGGGUAUCAUUAAACGAAGUUUUAGUGCUUCUGAAAGACAACCUCAGAAUAGAGAUUAUAUUGAAGGUCCGGGAUCAAGACUGCGACCAGCAUCGGCAGGAAUUGCAGUAUCACAAAGGAAGGUGCGUCAGAUCAGUGACCUUCAGCAGAUUCUUAUUCAGCUGCACAAAAUUAUCUUCAUCACUCAACUUCCUCCAGCUUUGCAAUGCAACUUGAAAAGGAGAAUCAUUGAGAGAUUUAAGAAGUCCCUCUUCAGUCAGCAGAGCAAUCCUUGUAAUCUGAAAUCGGAAAUGAAAAAGCUGCUGCAAGGUUCACCUGAAAUGAUUGAGUCAAACUUCUUCACAGCAGAUUGGCAUGUGGUACUUCUCUCUUCAGGUGGAAAUAUGUUGCUUCCAGGUGAUAGAAAAGGUAUUGUUGGCACUUCUGACAUAGCAGAAGGGAUGACAUAUGAACAGUUGCAGACUAUAAUUGAAGAGGUUCUAGAGGAAAGUGGUUAUUACAAUUUCUCUUCUAACAGGUGCAUGCUUUGGCCUUGGCUGUCAAAAACAUGUUUCUAUUUCCGGAGGACUUGCCAUGUUUUCUAA